AUGUACCAUUUCCCGUCUACAGGUGCAUCAGGGCUGUCUAGCUCUUCAAGUAGCCACGGCAGCUCGAAAUCUGACAGCAAACACACCAGCUUGAACGCGACCCAGUCCAAAUCAGCAUCGAAUCCACUGUUCUUGAAGAUCGAGGAGGAACUGCACGAUGCGAGGAGAGUGAGGCAACAUGGUCAGGAGGACGAUCUUAGAAUGGCGUUGGAUAUGGUUAUCAGCAGAGUCUGCGAAUUGUCCAACUCGCUAAGCGAAGCCUACAAGGCUCAAGCUGAACUGGAAGUACAGCUGAACGUCGCCAAGUCGAAUCUGCAGCUGGUUAUCAUGAACAACGAGAUGCUCGAGGAAGCGCUCAAGAAGAACAAUGCGGCUGCACGGGAUCUGGGUUGGCGGAGAAGCGGCAGAGAUAGCGUUAGCAGCAACAAUGGAGAUCCCAGAGGCAGUUUGGAACGGUCGCAGUCGGUGGACUAUCCACCAGAUUCGCCUGCGUCAGCUGGGUCGGAGAGCAGAUUCUUCAAGUUCAGGUUUUCUGGGAAUUCAGGCCAUUCCUCUACACGGCCCAAUAGCCGACCUGGGACGCCCAACCUUUCUGGUCCUAGCAACUUGACCUCGCCCUCGAUGCCAUCGCUCACAACUGUGAACCACGCGAAGGAAAUCGAAGAACUCACCGCCGAGCUUGAAAAGGAGAGGGCCGCGAAGAAGAAGAUCGUUCAGGAAAAGGCGGCCUUGGAGGAUGAGCUAGAGUCGUUAUCGCAGGCACUGUUCGAAGAGGCCAACAAGAUGGUUGCACAAGAGCGCAUGAAGCUCGCAGAGACAGAAGAAGAGCUCAAGGAGACCCGAAAGGAGAAGGAAGCAUUACAGAGUGCCCUCCGCCUCCUCGACGACCAAACGCGAAGGCGGAAUGACGGACACCUGAGGACGUCCAGUUCGGAAUUCUCGUUGGUUGAUCCUACGGAUCAUGAAGGCGACAGCUCUUCAGCUUCUGGUUCAAGCCCUUCACCUUCGCAUCACCCUUCUAACUCAAGGACGCACUCCCGAUCUUCCUCGCAAAUUGGCGUCAAGUCAAUCCCCGCAUCACCCAUCACUUUGUCCGGCAGUUCUCUUCCGCCACUUCCGCCCUCCCCUUUCCCGGAUGGCAACCCACCACAACGACCCACGACGACCUCCGAUGAUUUAACGUCCUCAGUGAGAGGCCUCUCUCUAGAAGCACCGUCGUUAGACGAUGGAGAGGAGGAAUCGCAACCCACACCGAGAAACCAACCAUCUACCGCCACGCUCCCCAACUCCGAUACAUUCCCUUCUUCGUCAUCUUCGUCGACUGUAGGAGACCGUAUCUUAUCGUCGAUGAUGCUCGAAGGCAUGGACGGCAGUUCACCCUGGGCCGAUGUCCCAUCAUCUGCAACAACAACCUCGGCCCCCUCGUCGACUGAAUUGGCCUCAUCGCUUUCCGAGUCUGCUGCCUCCGCAGCUGUCUCAGGCGCCAGUCGUAAACUCUCCAUGGGAAGUGGCGGGAUUGGCAGCUCUGUCUCGAUGUACGCCGCGUACGCUGAUAUGCGGUGA